CGGUAAUAAGAAAGCCAGAGCCCGUCGUCGUGCGGUUUCAUUUUCACCACCGGACCUGCACCUGCUCCACCGUCCAGGGCGCCGGUGCCCCCAUAAACCCGAGAGCGACCACCACCGCUGGCCAGCCGAAACACAACGUCAUCCGCCUCUGCUCCGAUCCACACGCCGGCUUACGCGCCUAGGCCGGCCAGCCAGCUAGCUAGCUAGCUCUGCUCGUCGGCAGCACCUGCGCCGCUCGCUCCGAUCGCGUGCGCGCUAGCUCCGGCGUCCCACGCCACGCCGCCGCGCGCUCGCAUGCAGGAGCCCGGGCGCCGGCCCGCGCCGCCGUUCGCGGGCGUCGACCUCCGCAGGCCCAAGGGCUACCCGCCGGCGCCGGCGCCGACGGCCGCGGAGCCGGAGGACCUCGCGGCGUUGCACGCCGGCGAUCCGUGCCCGCGGUGCGAGUCGCGGGACACCAAGUUCUGCUACUACAACAACUACAACACGUCGCAGCCGCGCCACUUCUGCAGGUCGUGCCGCCGCUACUGGACCAAAGGUGGCUCCCUUCGCAACGUCCCCGUCGGUGGCGGCACCCGCAAGAGCUCGUCGUCGUCGUCCUCGUCGCCGGCCCCUCCCUCGCCCGCCGCCGCGCCCAGGAGCACGAAGCGGUCGAAGAACUCCAAGCGCCGCCGCGUCGCCCCGGCCCCGGAGCCCGCCCCCGCGGCCGGCACGGACGCCUCCACCACCACCACCACCAUCACCGGCGUCGAAAACACCGCACCGACACCCUCGCCGGAGACGGUGGCCGCCACGGAGAAGCCUGCUGCGCCGGAGGAGCAUGCAGCGGCGGUUGCCGCCGCGGAGAAGAUGCCCGCGCCGGAGCCGGCAGCGACGGUUGCCGCCACGGAGAUGCCGACCGCGCCCCCGGCGGCCGUCAGCGGUUUCACGGACACGUCCACGGCGCCCGGGGUCGGGCUCGCGGACGUUGGCAGCGGCGGCGGCAAGGAGCUGCCGCCUGACCCGAACCACUUCGAGUGGCCGUCGGGCUGCGACCUGGGGCCCUACUGGGGCACCGGCUUGUUCGCCGACUCCGACCCGGCGCUGUUCCUCAACCUGCCGUGAGGCCGCGAGCAGAGACCGCCAUGGCUAAGUUAACCGAACAACCAUCAGGACGCACGAGACGACGCACCAUGAUUAGCUCCUGAAGCUGAAGAUGGCUGCCGCAGUUUCCUGAGUCCACUGUAGUGAUCUCUACUACCCCUCUAGUUCUCUUAUUACUAGUGUUCUGCUGGUUUUAAUCGCCGUUUUUACUCCAACCAAAAGGCUGACAUGGGAUAUCUAGCUGGGAUUCGCAACAACUCUGUGCUUGUUAUGAGCUAAUUGAUCACGGUGCUCUCAAGACCA